AUGGCUGGUGUUGUGCUGACCGUAUUGACAUUGAUUCUAAGUGCCGAAUUCAUCAUUGGAAAUGCUGGCAAUGGACUCAUCGUAUUUGUGAAUUGCAUAGACUGGGUCAAGAUAAGAAAGAUCCCUUUAAUCGAUCGAAUCACCACUGCCUUGGCAAUCUCCAGAAUUGGUCUGGUCUGGUAUAUGUUUUUAACUGAGUUGGGUUCUCUGCUUCUCCAAGACUUAAUGUCCAAUGUGAACAUGUCAAAAUUGAUUUAUAUUAUUGGUAUUUUGAUCAAUCAUAUUAGCAUGUGGCUUGCCACAAGCCUCAGUGUCUUCUAUUUUUUGAAGAUAGCAAAUUUUUCUCAUGAUACUUUUCUCUUCCUUAAGCGGAGAGUUGAAAAGGUCGUCUCAGUGAUGCUGUUCGUGUCAUUGGUCCUCUUGAUUUUACAUAUUGCAGCAAGCAACAUAUAUAUUGGUGUCUGGAUGGGAGUGUAUAGAGGAAACAUCAGUAAUAUGUGGAGUCCGUCUACACAUGCAUUCAAGAAUUUUUUGUGCAUCGAAACAAUGUUCACGUUCAUACCUUUCUCCUUGUCCCUGAUCGCUUUCCUCCUGCUCAUCUUCUCCCUGUGGAGGCAUCUCAAGAAUGUGCAGCUCACUGCCUCGGGAUCCAGAGAUGCCAGGACCAAGGCCCACGUGCAAGGCUUGCAGAUUGUGGUCAUGUUCCUUAUCUUAUACACCAUCUUCUUUCUGAUGCUUCUCCUACAAAUGUGGAACACUUAUUUGGGGCAGAGUCAUCUAAGAAUCAUCCUUUGCUCCAUUUUUGGAAUGAUUUAUCCUUCAGGCCACUCAUGUGUCAUGAUUCUGGGUAACAAUAAGCUGAGACAGGCCUCUCUGGCGGUGCUGUGCUGGCUGAGAUGUAAAGCUAAAUAUGCAGAACCCUAA